AUGGCAGAGACCAAAAAACCCAAGUUGGUCAUCGGACUUGACUUCGGGACCACAUUUAGCGGGUACUCUUACAACUUGGCAUGGGACAGUGUACGCAUAGCUGACAAUGGCAGUAUUGCUUGGGCUUUCGUAGGAUGCAACGUCGAUGUUGAGGUUAUCCAGGAAUGGCCUGGAAAAGGAAACAGUACAUCGCAGAAGGCACUCACUCUCAUCUCGUAUGUGAAUGAUAAAAUCCGAUGGGGGUACGAGGUCAACGAUAUGAAGGCAGCCAUCAGGGGUGUUAAGCUUUUGCUUGAUCCUAGCCAAGUCGUUCGAUGGUUACCUGCAGCAGAAAGUGAGCAUCUCAUCUCGGACUUGCGGAAGGAACCAGUCGAUGUCGCUGGUGAUUACAUGAAAAGAAUGGUGUCCCACAUUGCGAACAUCAUUGAUCGAAGGGGACUGGGAGAUCUUUUGAAAACAUUGAACAUUCAAUAUGUUUUAACUACCCCGGGAGUAUGGUCCGACAAGGCCAAAGACUUGACCAUGCAAGCAGCACAUCUUGCCGGUAUCCAGAGUUCUCACCUAUCCCUUCUAUCUGAGCCUGAGGCAGCUGCGGUCUACACUAUUCGCGCAAUUCAGCCUAACUCAAUGGCAAAGGGAGAUUGCUUCAUUGUCUGCGACGCAGGGGGUGGAACUGUGGAUCUCAUCACCUACAGAAUUACACAGACUGAGCCUCUGAGAAUGGAGGAGGUUACCGAAGGAACAGGCGAGGUUUGUGGCUCCGUGAUGCUGGAUGAGCGAUUUGAGGAGUAUCUCAUUCAGACAAUGGGUCGAAAGAAUUACAAAGAGUUGAGUAACUCCACAAAGCGGGUGGUAAUGCAGCGAUGGCAGAAUGAUAUCAAGCACCAUUACUCAGGGCCUCAAGAUGAGGAUGAAGAUCUCGACAUGGGUUAUGUAAUCCCUCUUCCUGGAAUAGAGAACGGCAUACAUUACAUGGAAAGUGCGCACGUCCAGGAAAUUUUUGAUCCAGUUGUGACGCAGAUCGAGGCUUUAAUCUCCACACAAAAUGAUAUUGUCAACGCCGCUGGACGCCCUGCAAAGGCUAUCAUUCUUGUCGGCGGCCUGGGUGCUUCCGAGUACCUUUACAAGAGGCUGAAACUGAGGUUCCAUGGGACACAGAUCAUGCAGCCCCCCAAUGCAUGGUCGGCUGUUGUUCGGGGUGCGGUUUAUCGCGGACUCGAGGGAAAUCAGGUAGUUGACAGAAAAGCUAGAUGUCACUACGGUGUAAACUAUUCUUGCCGUUUUGAUCCUGUAUUACACGACCUGAAGGACAGAUAUUGGUGUUGUUAUGAGGAGAAGUGGAUGGCAAACAAUCUGAUGACAUGGUACAUCCGAAAGGGCCAAUCGAUUUCUGAGGACAAGCCAAUCAGUUUUCCAUUUUACCGAAGCGUUGCAAUGAACUCCUCAAUGAAAUUCACAGAUGAAUUGAUGUUUUGCAUGACAGAGAAUGCCCCGAAGGGCCUUGGACCGGAUGUAUUCCCGCUCUGCAAACUGGAAACAGACCUCAGCAAGAUCUCAAAGGAGCUUUUUAUCAAACGUAAAAAUUCGACGGGGAUUGAUUAUUACGACAUCCGUUUCAAUUUGAUUCUCACGGCGGCCUCGGCCUCCUGGAUUUUCGAGUCAGAAUUUAACGGAAUGAACUAUGGCACCGUACGAGCGAUGUAUGUCUAG